AUUAAUCUAUAUAUAUUUAAAUCAUAUUUUUAUCAUUUGAUUGUCACUAAACAUUAAAUUAAAUGACCGACUAUUACCACAACAUGACUGAGAUGUCAGCGGCUAAUGGCUUCAAUAAGCCUAACGAUAAGGACAGAAAGCUUUUCAUCGGUGGUCUCAGUUGGGAUACGGAAGAGAAGGAUCUAAGGGACUACUUCUCCAAAUACGGACAGGUGGUCGACGCCAGUAUUAAAUACGAUGCGGUGUCUGGCAAUCCCAGAGGAUUCGGUUUCAUCACAUUUGCUUUUGAAGGAUCAAUUGAUGAGGUUUUGAGAGUGACGUCACACGUGAUCCGCAAUAAGCCGGUGGACCCGAAAAGAGUAAACACUCGACCAAUCUGUAAGAAGAUUUUUGUCGGUGGAAUUGAUUCCAAUAUGGGAGAGGAAGACAUCAAACUAUAUUUCUCUCAAUUUGGAAAUGUAAAAGGUAUUGAAUUGCCAUUCGAUAGACAGCGUAACCGUCGGCGCGAGUUUUGUUUCAUUCUUUUUGACACUGAAGAGGCUGUGGACGCUGCGGUCAAAGAUCCCAAACAGACGAUCGGCAACAAAGAGUGCGACAUAAAGAAGGCCAAACCACAGCCGGUAUCUCAACACAAGCGAAUGCAACACCAGAGUCCGGGUUAUAAUGGCUACGAGAGUAAUGGCGGCAACAGGAGGGCGGGAGGAAGCGGUAGUAGCUAUCGGCGCAACCAAAAUGACUACCAAAGUACAAGCGGUUGGAAUGGAUAUAGCGGUGCCGUUUCGCAAACCUAUUACAGCAACUAUUAUGGCAAUCAUUAUCCAAAUGCCUAAACCAACAACAACUUCCCUUUUAUCUUAUUAUAUAAUAAUAUGUGUUAUAAAUUUACACAUAAAUAUUAUUUAAAAAGCAGUCAAUAGACAUUAAUUAAAUAUAUUUAGAAAUUGUAUAUAUAUUUUUUUGGUCUAUUGGCUUAAUUUACUGUCGGUUUAAUUAUAAUUAAUAUUAAUCACAUCAACCAGUUUUAUAUAUAUUAUAAUAUUUGUUUGUUUUUAAUUUCCAAUAAUAUUUGCCUUUAA